AUGACAGAGAAAACUCCAGAGGUUGGCUUUGGGACUACGGCUACCACAACGGCUACUACAGUGACGCCUUUAACCUCACCAGCUUUAGAGGCUGCUGCUGAGAACGGUAGUGAGAUUCACCACGUAUCCAAAAGACAAGCCAAAAAUUCCAGUAAAAUGGAAACAAUCAUCACAUCAUCUCCAUCUAUAUCAACGGCUACUGCUGCUCCUGUUGUAGUAAAAAAAGAAGUAGUAAUAACAACCGACGAAGUAGAUGUAGAAAUAGACCACUUGACAAUCCCAGUCAACAACAAUGGCAGAAAAAAUAGCCCUUCAUCAGCAUCAAUUGGAUCGCCAGAUUCAGAUGCAAAGGCUAUUGGAGUUCCGUCGUCUCCGUCAUCUUCAUCUUCAGCAUCUAAUUCGUCGCGCAGUAGUUCACCAACUACCAUGGUUAAAGAAAUAGCCACUACGGCGAUUAUUAAUCCACCAAAAAGAGGACGUGGACGACCACGAAAAGGUGAUACAAACGAAUCUGAUAAUCAUUCUCAAUCUACACUUAAACCACCUACGACGACGUUCGAUGCUAAUGACGACAGUAAUGAUGACUCGUCAACACGCAAACGUGGACUUCCUUCUAAAGAUUCUACACCAUUUGCACAAUUUGCGGCUGCUGCGACUGAUGGACGACCUCCAAAAAAUUCCGGUAUUGCUUCUGACACCGCCAACAAUAACAAAACCGCUACAGCAAAAUUAUCAUCAUCUGCUGUUAAUCCAAAGAAACGCGGACGUCCUCCAAAAGGUACUGCUACUAGUAAUACAAGUGAGAGAAAACGAGGUCGUCCCCGAAAGGAAGAAAUGGUAACUCGUAAUAGAGAAAGGAAAUCUCUAUAUAACUUAAAUCCGGACGGAUGGACAGUGGAAGAAGAUAGGACAUUGGUAGACAGUGUCCUUGAAAGUUUGGCUGUACCUCCGUGGGCUGAAAUUGCUAAACGCGUUCAAAAUCAUGAUGCUGCAAAAUGUUUUAACCGAUGGACAGCCUUGAAAAGGCGAUUAUACCGUGAAGAAGAUGGAUAA